AUGUCAGCUGACCCUAUUAAUGACCAAUCGUCUUUAUGUGUGAGGUGCAAUAAAUCAAUCGCGUCUAGCCAGGUAUACGAAUUAGAAAGCAAAAAAUGGCAUGACCAGUGCUUUACAUGCUACAAAUGUGACAAAAAAUUGAACGCAGAUUCAGACUUUUUGGUUCUGGAUAUAGGUACAUUAAUUUGUUACGACUGCUCAGAUAAAUGUACAAAUUGUGGCGAUAAAAUAGACGACACAGCAAUUAUACUGCCUUCCUCAAAUGAGGCCUAUUGUUCCAAUUGUUUCAGAUGCUGUCGGUGCAGCAACCGUAUAAAGAACUUAAAGUAUGCAAAGACAAAACGAGGACUAUGUUGUAUGGAUUGUCACGAGAAAUUGUUGAGAAAAAAACAACUAUUACUGGAAAAUCAAACAAAAAAUUCAUCGAAAGAAGAUUUUCCCAUAAAACUUCCUGAAAGAUCAGUCAAAAGGCCCUUGUCACCCACCAGAAUAAAUGGUAAGUCAGAUGUCAGUACAAACAACACCGCAAUAAGUAAGAACCUUGUAAGCUCGAAUGAGGAUCAACAGCUCACUCCACAAGUUUUAGUAUCACAAGAAAGAGAUGAAUCAUCGUUGAAUGACAAUAAUGAUAAUGAUAACAGCAAGGACAGGGAGGAAACAUCUUCUCACGCAAGGACGGUUUCUAUUGACGACAUUCUGAACUCUACUUUGGAACACGAUAGUAAUAGCAUUGAAGAGCAGAGUUUGGUGGAUAAUGAGGACUACAUCAACAAAAUGGGUGAAGACGUAACCUAUAGGCUAUUAAAACCACAAAGAGCAAAUCGAGAUUCCAUAGUGGUAAAGGAUCCGAGGAUCCCAAAUUCGAACUCGAACGCGAAUAGAUUCUUUUCAAUUUAUGAUAAAGAAGAGACAGACAAAGAUGAUACAGACAACAAAGAGAAUGAAAUCAUCGUCAACACACCCAGAAAUAGCACUGAUAAAAUUACAAGUCCUUUGAACAGCCCUAUGGCUGUACAAAUGAACGAAGAGGUCGAACCUCCGCAUGGACUGGCAUUAACUUUAUCAGAAGCUACGAAAGAAAAUAACAAAUCAUCUCAAGGUAUUCAAACGUCAACUUCCAAAUCUAUGAAUCAUGUCUCCCCGAUUACAAGAACCGAUACCGUAGAAAUGAAAACAUCAACCUCUUCAUCGACAUUACGUUUGUCUGAUAAUGGAAGUUUCAGCAGGCCUCAAACAGCAGAUAACUUAUUGCCGCAUAAAAAAGUAGCACCCUCUCCAAACAAAAAACUUUCAAGAUCGUUUUCUUUGAAGUCCAAAAAUUUUGUUCACAACCUGAAAAGUAAAACUUCGGAAAUGCUGGACCCAAAGCAUCCCCAUCACAGCACUUCUAUACAGGAAUCAGACACUCAUUCUGGCUGGGGUGUUUCCUCUACUCAUACAAAUAUAAGAAAAUCAAAAGCCAAAAAAAAUCCUGUAUCAAGAGGCCAAAGUGACAGUACAAUAUACAAUACUCUACCACAACAUGGAAAUUUUACAGUACCGGAGUUUAAUCACAAAAAAGCGCAAAGCAGCCUUGGCAGUAUAUCCAAAAAGCAAAAUUCUAAUGAUACAGCCACUAAUAGACGCAUAAAUGGUUCAUUUACAAGUUCAAGCUCGGGGCAUCAUAUAGCAAUGUUCCGUACGCCGCCUUUGGAAUCAGGGCCAUUAUUUAAGAGGCCAUCUCUGUCAUCUGAGUCCGCACACCACAGAUCUUCUAGCUUACAGACGUCUAGAUCCACUAAUGCAUUGUUGGAAGACGAUUCCACGAAAGUGGAUGCUACUGAUGAAAGCGCUACAAGCUUGGAAAAGGACUUUUACUUUACUGAGUUGACUUUAAGGAAGUUAAAAUUAGAUGUGAGGGAACUAGAAGGUACGAAGAAAAAAUUAUUACAAGAUGUUGAAAAUCUAAGAUUAGCGAAAGAGAGGCUGUUAAAUGAUGUUGACAAUUUAACAAGAGAAAAGGAUAAGCAAUCUGCAUCUUCCCGGGAGUCCUUAGAACAAAAAGAAAACAUUGCAACAUCAAUCACUGUAAAGUCACCAAGUUCAAAUUCCGACAGAAAAGGGAGCAUAUCUAAUGCCAGUCCUAAACCACGCUUCUGGAAAAUAUUUUCAAGUGCUAAGGAUCACCAGGUAGGCGAUCUAGAAUCACAGCAACGUUCGCCAAAUUCAUCUUCAGGCGGAACGACAAAUAUAGCACAGAAAGAAAUAUCAUCACCGAAAUUAAUUCGAGUACACGAUGAGCUUCCUUCUCCAGGCAAAGUACCACUGUCGCCAAGUCCAAAGAGAUUAGAUUAUACGCCUGAUGGUUCCCAUUUAUAUGGAUCUUCGCUACAAGCUCGAUGUGCGUAUGAAAAAAGUACUGUUCCAAUAAUUAUCAGGUGCUGCAUUGAUCGCAUUGAAAAAGAUGAUAUAGGCCUGAACAUGGAAGGCUUAUACAGAAAGUCGGGCUCACAGACUUUGGUUGAGGAGAUCGAAAAUGAAUUCGCUCAGAAUAAUUCGUUGCAUAGUGAUACAUUAAGUCCCAAACUGAAUGCUUUACUGAAUCAAGAUAUUCAUGCAGUGGCUAGCGUAUUAAAACGAUAUUUGAGAAAACUACCAGAUCCAGUUUUAUCAUUUUCCAUAUACGAUGCCUUGAUAGAUCUAGUUAGAAAUAACCAACUAAUUGAGAGGCUACCAUUAAACAACGACAAGUUUUUGGAUUCACCACAAAAAGUGACUAUUUAUGAAAUGGUGCUCAAAAGCCUACUUGAAAUUUUCAAAAUUUUACCCGUAGAGCAUCAGGAAGUAUUGAAAGUAUUGGCAGCACAUAUCGGCAAAGUUCGAAGGUGCAGUGAAAGAAAUUUAAUGAACUUACAUAACUUGUCGUUGGUCUUUGCACCGAGUCUUAUCCACGAUUUUGACGGCGAGAAAGAUAUUGUGGACAUGAAGGAGAGGAAUUAUAUCGUGGAAUUUAUACUUGGAAACUAUAGAGACAUAUUUAAGCAAGCAUAA